GCCGUUUAAUCAAAGUUCUAUUACUUCCUGUUUUAAAUAAUUUCUCUGGUUCUUCAUUUCUCCCAUUUGUACGGAGAACGAUGAUGGCUCAAGCUUCACUGAAUUUUCAGGUGUCUCCUUCUUUCUCAAUCCUCAAACCACUAAUUCACUCUCACUCUCUCCAAAUCUCGAAGAAUCAAAAACUAAACUCGCGACGAAGAUGCUUCUUACGAUGCGCAGCUUCUUCUCCCGACGGAAGCAAAACCUUAAGAACUUGCAAAAACUGCAAAACCCAAUUCGAUCCUCUCCUCAAUCACCCUCGCGCUUGUAGAUUCCACACUGCUCAUUUCGCAGGUGAGACAAAGAGGAAAUUUGAAAGUGUAUACAGUGGUGGAACAAUGGAUACACCAAAUUCAGGAAAAGUGUUACAGUAUUGGCAUUGUUGUGGAUCUGAAGAUCCUUUUGAUUCUGGUUGUACUGCUUCUCCUCAUACCACAUAUGAUGAUUGAUUGAUACAAGUUUCUUUACUAAUGAGAUUGUUAUGAAGAAGAAGGAGAAGGAGAAGGAGAAGGAGAUAGGAAAAGAAUAUAUAGUGUAAAGGUUACCUUUUCUUGCAGAGAAUCAGAAUCUUUUAUUUGUAUCCUUUGGAUUUAAGUCUUCUCCGUAAUCACAUUAUCUCCAUGUACAAGACACCUUUUUUAAUAUAUGAUUCUUGUUUUGUUAA